AGCUGUGGCCGGAGUGCCGGACCCCGUCUGGUGGCGGGCUCGGAACCCGGGCGUGGGCGGCGGCGCGGCGGCGCCUGGAGACUCUAGUCCCUUUAGGGUCGGCGACUGGCGAAUCUCACCGCUGGCCUCCUCAGCAUGCGCGGGCGCCCGGGGAGCGGCUGCUGGCCCGGGUCCUAGGCAUGAUCUUGGUGGCCCGCUGCGUGCUCCGGUGGCAGCGCCGGCCGGGAUACCGGGCCUUGUCGCGCGCCGCCAUGGAGGUGGCCUUCCGUGGCGUGCGCAGAAUUCUCUGUGUCGCCGAGAAAAACGACGCGGCCAAGGGCAUCGCCGACCUCCUGUCCGGCGGACGCAUGCGGCGGAGGGAAGGCCUUUCUAAAUUCAACAAAAUAUAUGAAUUUGAAUAUCAUCUCUAUGGCCAGAAUGUUACCAUGAUAAUGACUUCCGUUUCUGGACAUUUGCUGGCUCAUGAUUUCCAGAUGCAAUAUCGCAAAUGGCAGAGCUGCAAUCCUCUCUUUCUCUUUGAAGCAGAAAUUGAAAAGUAUUGUCCAGAGAAUUUUGUAGACAUCAAGAAAACUCUGGAACGAGAGACACGGCAGUGUCAGGCCUUGGUCAUCUGGACUGACUGUGACAGAGAAGGGGAAAAUAUCGGUUUUGAGAUUAUCCAUGUGUGCAAGGCUGUGAAGCCCAGCCUGCAUGUGCUGAGAGCCCGUUUCUCCGAGAUCACUCUCCGAGCUGUACAGACAGCCUGUGAAAACCUCACUGAGCCUGAUCAGCGAGUGAGUGAUGCUGUGGAAGUCAGGCAGGAGUUGGACCUGCGGAUCGGUGCUGCCUUCACUCGAUUCCAGACCCUGAGGCUGCAGAGGAUUUUUCCCGAGGUGUUGGCAGAGCAGCUGAUUAGUUACGGCAGCUGCCAGUUUCCAACUCUAGGGUUUGUGGUGGAGCGGUUCAAAGCCAUUCAGGCUUUUGUGCCAGAAAUCUUUCACAGAAUUAAAGUAACUCAUGACCACAGAGAUGGAACUGUAGAAUUCAACUGGAAAAGACAUCGUCUCUUUAACCACACAGCGUGUCUUGUUCUCUAUCAGAUGUGUAUGGAGGAUCCCAGGGCAACUGUGGUGGAUGUGAGAUCCAAGCCCAAGAGCAAGUGGAGGCCUCAAGCUUUGGACACUGUGGAGCUUGAGAAACUGGCUUCUCGAAAGCUGAGAAUAAAUGCCAAAGAAACCAUGAAGAUUGCUGAGAAGCUCUACACUCAAGGGUACAUCAGUUAUCCCCGAACUGAAACGAACAUUUUCCCCAAAGACUUAAACCUGGCAGUGCUGGUGGAGCAGCAGACCCCAGAUCCACGCUGGGGGGCCUUUGCCCAGAGUAUUCUAGAGCGGGGUGGACCCACCCCACGCAAUGGAAACAAGUCGGACCAAGCUCACCCUCCUAUCCACCCCACCAAGUAUGCCAGCAACUUGCAGGGUGAUGAACAACGACUUUAUGAAUUUAUUGUCCGCCAUUUCCUGGCUUGCUGCUCCCAGGAUGCUCAGGGACAGGAGACCACUGUGGAGAUAGACAUUGCCCAGGAACGCUUUGUAGCCCAUGGCCUCAUGAUCCUGGCCCGAAACUACCUAGAUGUGUAUCCGUAUGAUCACUGGAGUGACAAGACCCUGCCUGUCUAUGAGAAAGGCUCCUGCUUUCAGCCCAGCACUGUGGAGAUGGUGGAUGGGGAGACCAGUCCCCCGCAGCUGCUCACUGAGGCAGACCUUAUUGCCCUCAUGGAAAAGCAUGGCAUCGGUACCGAUGCCACUCAUGCUGAGCACAUUGAGACCAUCAAGGCCCGGAUGUAUGUGGGGCUCACUCCAGAUAAGCGCUUUCUCCCGGGGCACCUAGGCAUGGGGCUCGUGGAAGGUUACGAUUCUAUGGGCUAUGAGAUGUCGAAGCCUGACCUCCGAGCUGAGCUGGAAGCUGAUCUGAAGCUCAUCUGUGAGGGGAAGAAGGACAAGUUUGUGGUUCUAAGGCAGCAGGUCCAGAAAUACAAGCAGGUUUUCAUUGAGGCAGUGGCAAAAGCGAAGAAAUUGGAUGAAGCUCUGUCUCAGUACUUUGGGGAUGGGGUAGAAGUGACCCCACAAGAAACCUUCUACCCAACCAUGCCGGAGCCCAUCAGGAAGUGUCCACAGUGUGGCAAGGACAUGGUCCUCAAGACCAAGAAGAACGGCGGGUUCUAUGUCGGCUGCGUGGGUUUCCCAGAAUGUCGUUCGGCCGUGUGGUUCCCAGACUCCGUGCUGGAGGUUAGCCGGGAUGAGAGUGUGUGUCCAGUCUGUCAGCCGGCCCCUGUGCACAGGUUGAAGUUCAAGUUCAAGCGUGGUAGCCUUCCCCCAACCAUACCUUUGGAGUUUGUUGGCUGCAUUGGGGGAUGUGACGAGAACCUGCGGGAGAUCUUGGAUCUAAGAUUGUUUCGGCCCCCGCUCCCAGCUAGCCAGCCAGCCAGCCAGCCCACUGGCUACCUGCAGGCUAGCCAGGCCCUGAACAGGAUGGACAGCGGCCAGUGCGGCCCACCACAGCCUCCUAAUACCGGCCAUGCCCGGGCCUCCAAGACUCCAGCGCAGGCACUCACACCGCCCAGUGAGAGCAACUCUGUGACGUGCAACUGCGGCCAUGAGGCCCUGCUGCUCACUGUGCGCAAGGAAGGGCCCAACCAGGGCCGCCAGUUCUAUAAGUGCCACAAUGGCGGCUGCAACUUCUUCCUGUGGGCCGACAGCAGCCAGCCAGGAGCCAGUGGGCUUCCUCCCUCUGCAGCAAGACCUCCAGGGGGCGGCUCCCUGGCACAUCUGCCAGGCUCAGGAAACCCCCAGCGGGGGGCUGGCGGCCCCAGCGGUAACAGCAGUGCGUCCUGCCUGUGCAGCCAACCAGCCGUCACUCGGACUGUCCAGAAGGAGGGGCCCAAUAAGGGGCGUCAGUUCCACACCUGCGCCAAGCCACGAGAGCAGCAGUGCGGCUUCUUCCAGUGGGUAGACGAGAAUGUAGCCCCAGGGACUCUGGGAACCCUUCCCUGGCCAGGAGGCAGAAGAAAGACACAGGAGUCAGAGGCCAGAAACAAAAGACCCCGCAUCAAUUCUUCAGAAACAGGGUCUGAGGCCAGGAGACCUCGGAAAUGCAGCCUGUGCCACCAGCCUGGUCACACCCGUCCUAACUGUCCUCAGAACCGAUGAUGAGGGAGAGCCCAGGAGAGCUAGCUACUUUCCAGGCCUGCCUGUCGCCUGAGAGGAGUGGCUUCUGACAGGACCCAGGGACCCUUCGCAGGGCUUUGAGAAACGUAGCAGCUCUGAAGCUGCUCCUGUGUGCUUGGGAAUCAGGAUGCCAAUCACCCCUGACAAGGGCGCUCCUCCCCGGGCUCAGGGUCACAUGAUGGCCCACUGCUCCCUGGGAACACUCCCAGGGCCUGUCACUCAGCCUCCAGCCAAGGCCAGGAGCUGGUGCUUCCUGUGGGCGUAGCUCCCAGGGCUUUCUCCACCUCCAGCAAAGGUCUAGACAGCCUGGAAGCGGCCUUGCUGGCUGUGAGACAGGAGGGUUGUUGGCCCCACUCCAAAGUUCCAUCCACAGAUGCAGCUUUAUUCCUCUUGACUCAGAGUCCGCUGUAGUUGGGGCA